AGUAAUUUUAUGUAAGCACUUCCGGGGUUAGUAGCAGCAGCGGCAGUGGCAGUGGCAGUAACAGUAACCACAUGUGUUUUGAAUGAGUUUUAUCGUAAUUAAAUGUACGCUGCGUCGCCGACUCAGACCGUAACAGCCAGCGCGUGCUUUCCGUUAAACAGAGGGACAACGAGAGGUGAACAAUGAGCGCUGUCCUUCGGAAGUUGCAGGUGUCCGUCACACAACAGGCAUUUGUGUUAAAUCAAGCGCUAACAUUAUGCCGGGCCACGACAUCCAUCCAGCAUCCAAAUUGGGCCUCUGUACAUGAAAGACAAUACAAAUCCAUGCCAACCCACGGGAUUGGGAGGUGGAGACAUCUUUUGCUUAAAGAACCGCAAAAGAAAAGGAAAGAAAAACACCUGAAGAAAGCGAUCAUAGCAGAGACCGGUACAGCAUAUGGCACGCUGAAUGUGAAAAUGUCGGGUCAUGACAUGACGACUGUGGAGCAUUACGCCAAGUUCGCCCAUAACCUCUGCAACCGGCUUGGCAUUGAAGUGGCAGAAAGCUACGCUUUGCCCACCAAGAGCACUGAGGUCAUGCUGAUGCAGGAGCAAAGCACCAAGAUGUACAUUGAUGCCGUGCUGAAGACUCACGAGCGAGUCGUCCAGUUGAGUUGUCUAGACGCCACGCUGUGUCCCAUUUUCAUGGAUGUUCUUUUGAAGAAUCAGCCGGAGGGAGUUCAGCUCUCUGUGAAUGAGCACUCAGAGACUGAUUACCAAGCUCGCUUCAAGAGUCGCCCAGCGCUGGAGGGGCUCAUGGAGAAGAUAAACCAAUAGGAACUGUCUUCAAAAUUGUAUGUGACACAUUACAUCGUGUCUAUCUGUCCGAUUUUGUUUAUUUAUUCCCUGGCUUUCCCCGAACUGAAUGCUGUUUAAAGAAAAUGCAAAAUAAAACCCGGCCUAUUUUUUUCCA